AUGGUCCCAGUAGGACUGAAGAUACUAUCUAAAUCGGUGGCGUUUGCUGCCCGUUUCUUCACUCCAUUAUUUUUGUUAUCCCUGUUCAUCGUAUCAAACGUGUUUAAUUUAAAUGAGCUGAAACUGUCAAAGAUAAUUUUUGACGGCUUCUGUAACAAUGAAAAUAUGGACGGACUGGGAAGAAUAGUCUGUCCAAUGGUCCCGAUGGAGGACCCGUUCUUUAAUAAUACUCACUUAAACAAGCAAUAUAAUAUACCGUUGUUAAUAUCUACUACAAAAAUUAAGGAUGAUAUCGUCAUAAAUGCAGAUUCUUCUGCGCCUUCCUCAUUAUACCUAAUAAUGGAAGUGUGCAACUCCUACAAAACAAAUGUCAGUAAAUCGACACUUUUGGCCGACCUUUGUGUUUUAAUAAACGAUACAUUGAAGGAAACUAGAAACGAGUUUAAGUUUAACCAAAAUUUAAGUGGCGGUCACGAGGAGCUGGUGAAAUGGAAAAAUGUGGCUGCACUACUUCAGAGGCUGCCAAAUAACGGUAAAUUAUCACACAUUACGCUGCUAUCCAGUUUAAAUAAAAACAAAAUUCUUGAAAAGGUCAUCAACAGUGUUUUAAGUUUAAACGAGAGUGAGAACAAAGAAAAUUUAUCGGAAUCGCCAGAGUUGACGACUGACCUAUUGGUGACUAGCGACAUUCUUACAUUGGUAGGGGACCCAUUUAAACUGUUGUCUGGCGUUGCGUUCCCCGAACUGAUUUACAACAGUUUUGGGACUAUUCAUGAGUCGAUUUAUAGGCUGUUUCUGUCCUUUCCGGAGGCCUCUGCGGCUCUCCUACACAUGAGGAAUCUCGGGUUCGAAGGUCCCGAGUUCUCUUCGUUUGAGCCUAAAAUCGAUAGGUUUACUUAUCUCGCCAUUUUUUUAAGUUCAUUUCAGCUACUCUUGACUUAUUCUUUCGAGUUUGUGCCACUUUACUCCGGAAUUGUUAAGUCGGCCUAUAACAGAGACGUAACUCAUCAAAAAUACAAGUAUUCACACCUUUUGAGUGAAUUCACCGAUGAUUUAGAGUCCAAAACAUUUGUAGAAAACAUAAUGAUGAGUUUAAAUGCAUUUGCUAUAAAUUUAAACUUAAGGAACAAGCUUUUUAUGGCCGGCGAUAUUGGGUUUAAAUUCACCAAAAAACUGGUCGAAAUACUCGCUUUAAUGAACAUACCUAGCGAUAAUAUGUACAAUAAAGACAGACAGGCCUUAAUUUCAUUGAAACUUAAUGAAGGUUUAACGUACUUGGGCAAGUUCAUAUCGUUCGACCACGACAGCGACGGAUUUAUAUCAUUUGAGGAGUUUACCAAGGCCUCAAUAGAUUUAAACAGCUUCGUUGAUGAUGUGAUGAGCGUCUUCAACAGCAAGGAGGAGCAGAAGGGGGACCAAGAAGGCUUACAGGCCGACGAUGAUGGGCUGCAGUUCGUGAACAUGCUGAAAUCGCAGAAUUCACUCUACGAUAAAAUCAUAGACGAGUUUAUAAUAUCGGACAUCGAUCGAAACGACAAUUUAAGCGUGGAAGAAUUCAUUGAGCUGACGUUGUCCACAAGCAUUGCGGAAAAUAUACACACAUAG